AUGAGGGUUAACUUGGGCGCGCUCUCCCUCUUCGUGGCCCUGGUGGGACUUUCGAGCUUCAUCUUCCUCGUGGUGGCCAUCGCCACCGACUUCUGGUACAUCAUCGAUGCCUCCAAGCUGGAGGCGUCCCAGAACGGCACGGACGCGCUCAGCUCGCACUCGGGGCUCUGGCGGACCUGCCGCGUGAGGAGUGAAUGUUACCCUUUGAUAAACCCCUUCUGGCACGAGAAUGCGAACAUCACCGAGUCACACAGACAGCUUUUGUACAUGCACGGAACAUUUGUCAUCCUGAUGCCCCUCAGCCUGAUACUGAUGAUUUUUGGAGGAAUGACUGGAUUCAUCAGUAUUCUUGCCAGGGCCUACCUGCUGCUCCUAAUGACUGGACUGCUUUUCCUUUUUGGAGCUCUCGUUACCCUGACAGGGAUCAGUGUCUAUAUUGCAUACUCAGCUGCUGCCUUCCAGGAAGCUGUUUGCCUGCUGAGGAGCAAGGAUCUCCUGGUGGAAAUCGACAUCAGGUUUGGCUGGUCCCUGGCUCUGGUCUGGAUCUCCUUUGUGGCAGAAGUGCUCACUGGGGCCGUGUUCCUGCUGGCAGCAAGAGUGGUGGGUCUGAAACGGCAGCGGGAGCAGGCUCUGUGAGCAGCAGGUGCCUUUGCAGCCACAGAGCCCUGCAGAGCCUGAAAACUCGGAUUAUUUGGUCCAUCUGGUCACCAGGGGCAAUAAGAGCUCAAGGCUGAGCGUCUUGUCAGCUGCUGUAAGCCUUUUUCCUCACGGGUGGCUGUAAAACACAAAGACUCUGGUAAAUCAGUAAAACAUUCCAGGUGUUGUCAAUUAGGAAACCCUUGUGUCCUUAGAAGAGAGCGCAUUGCAGUGUUUGUAUUUCUGGAAUAAUUUCAACUGGCAGCUCAUCAGACAUCUCCAUUUGUUGCUUAGAACAAGGCAGAUCUCUUGCUUUCCUUUCUCCUUUCUGCUGUCUCAGCAGAGUGACCUUGCAGGCCAGAUUUUGGUUUCU